GCGGGCCGCCAGAGCUCCGUGCACCUUCGGCCGGGCUGGACCAACCGUUCCACGUUCGCAAUGGCGCCGCCUGUGCUGCCGCUCGCUUGUGCCCUGCUGACGCUGCUGCAGCGGUCGACAGCGCAGUCGCCCUUCUACACGGUGCCGCCGCCACUCAUCGAGGCCCUCAGCCCGAGGGGACUCCGCAUAUCCAUACCGGACGAGCUGGGCAUCGAGCUGGUCGCGGUGCACGCCAACAUCAACAAGCCGAUGGGCCUGCUGGAGGCGGGCCAGAUCUCGGUGGACAUCACCAAGCCCAAGGCCGGCCGCUGGGUCUACGAGGACCGCCGCGUGCGCCUCAAGCCUGGUGACGUCAUCAACUACUGGCUGUACGUGCAGGCCGACGGCCUUGGCUACCGCCGGGACGACCAGAGCUUCACAGUUAAAGAGUUGGUGUCGCCAGAGGCGCCCCCUGAGGCGGCAGCUGAGGCCGCCCCCCUUCCAGGUGGUCCUCCAGGCCCCCCUGGCCCCCCAGGCCCCCCUGGACCACCUGGGGCAUCCGGCCUGCCUGGACCACCUGGCCCACCUGCGGCUGCCGUCCCACCAGGCCUGGGACCACUGCGCCCGAGGCCACCUGCUGCGGCCUUCCCGACACCACCGAUGCAGACGACGACACCGGCCUACCCGACAGAGCCGUGUGCACAGAGGUGCGAGGAGCCUGAGCUGGCGCGUCAGGAGCUGCAGCAGUCGCGGCAGCUGCACGCGCUGCGGGUGAUGCACGAGGAGGAGCUGCACAGGCUGCGGCUGCAGAACCAGGAGGCGCUGCACCAGGAACGGCUGCGGCUGCUGCGUGACGGCUGCGCGGUCCAGCCGCGGGCCGAAGCCGCUGCCGGCGCGACCACUCCCGAGAACGCAGUCUGGCGCAGCCGCCGCGGCCAGCCGCCGUCCUAGACAUACGCCACGCCACACACUGGCCAGCUCUCAAAACAAGUCUCUCACCCCUCCACCAAAGGGCUCAACUCCACCAGCUGCUCCAGUUCACGUGCAUGACAACCAUUCGGGUGAAACUGCCAGUGCAGUAGGGACGGACGAUAUUUAACGUAGCGAUGAACAUAACACUGUUACUGAAUCAUACUUAAGCAAAUAAUACGUUAAAUUUUUAAUACGA